UAGUCAAAAGUGAGUUUCUAGUAGCUUAGGGAGAAGGCAUAGCGUAUGACGUGUGCUAAAUGUAAUGAAUUGUCCUUUCUUCCUUUUUUUCUGCAUGUCUCAUUUUUCUCUCUUCAGACCUGCGACCAGGAGCUCGGAACAGGUACAAAGAAAGAACGAUGUCUUCAGGAGAAAAGCCUACUUCUGUGUGCACUUCUUCUCAGUACUCUCCUUGGUUUUGCAUUACUCAUCACCUACAUCACGAUGACUUGUGCUCUAGGAUCAUGUGAUGUUGAACCGAGCCUUGCACUCUUGGCCAGACUCCUGAAUUCUAGGAAUGACACUGUAGAUCCCUGUGAGGAUUUCUACAAAUACGCUUGUGGCAGCUGGGAAGGCAAACACUCAAGCACUGAAGUAUCAGGAAACAUCUUUGAUGCGCUGUUGGAAGAAAACCAGCUGAUAUUGAAAAGGCUUUUAGGUAGGAAGAGGCAGUUGGUGUGGUACCUUCAUCAUCUUCCUCAGUCAGAGAUGAGAAUACCAAGAACUGAGUGCACAACCAUUCCUGUCAGUAACUGAGUCCAGUGUUUGUUUGUUUUUUUCCUUAUUCUGCUAUCAUAGCAAGUAGAGAUUUACACCUGUAAGAGAAGUCAUAUUAAAAUACUUACAUUUCA